AUAGUAAUUAAUGAUGAAGACGUGCACACACGUUAAUUACCCAGCUGUUGAGCCUGAAUGAGUGAGUGACUUUUUCAGCAUCAAAACAGUACACAGGACCUCUGAUCAACUCAACUUUUCUGCCAAUCAGAGAGGACUUUGACACACUUCACAGCCAGCUGCAGAAGUUGAGACGCAGCAGAGAUAAGGCAGCUGGGCACUGACUGACUGUGGAGGAUGUCUUCACCAUUAUACUACCACCCUGACAGUGGCACCCGCUUCAAAAAAAGGAAAGCUCGGUUCACCUUCAGUGAAGUCCACAUACUGCUGGAUGAAGUGAGGAAGCAUCGAAUGAUUAUUGUCGGUAAGUUCAAUCGAGGUGUGCCAACAGAUGCCAAAAAGCGAGUAUGGGCAGAGAUCACUGCACGGAUCAAUGAGAUCGGGGAGUGCCAACGGGAGGUCAUUGAGGUUGUCAAGAAAUGGUCCGAUCUGAAGUGUGAUACCAAGCGGAAAGUGGCCGCCAUGCGGGCGGGUACAGUUCCUCACAGGGGCCUCAACUCACGCCUUUCCAGGGACCUUAACCCAACAGAGAAGAUAGUGCUGCAGAUUCUGGAAAUGGAAGACGAUGACCAGGGCAGAGCCGAUUUUGGCCCACUGGGAGAUGAUGAUGAUCUAGCAGAGGAGGAAGAAGAAAUCGAGGAGGAGGACAUGAUGGGAAUGCAGAGUUCUCCCAAUGGAGGGUUAGAUAUAGGAUCCAUGCCACCGCCAUCAUCCUACAGCACAAGGGAUUCGUCACAAACUUCCUAUGACAUGCAGUAUGAGGUACCGGGGUCGGAAGAUGCCGAAGCUGCAUUCAGAGACUCAGAUGACGACCAAAGAGACGACUUGCUUCCUUCCAAACCAUCAGAUGAUCACCAAGGAAAUAACGGCAUCCAGAAACAACCUCAGACAUCUUCUGGAGCUUCAACAUCGACAGCCACUCUUCCUCCAGCAGCUCCAUCCUCACAGAACACAAGAGAAAGCCUGAUGCAUAAUGCAUCGCUGAGUCUGCAGGAGCAGCACGCCACUAACAUCCUCCUGGAGACGGUGUCCCGCUCCUUGGAGCUGCUGUCUGAGUCGGUGCAGCAGCUGGCAGAGACUCAGCAGGAGUUUGUGCGAGAGUCGCUGCAGCUCCAGAGGGAGACGGUGCAGGUUCUCAGAGACUUCACAGGUGGAGCCAUCGCGCUCAUGCAUGACAAACUGAAUGGCCGGCCAGCGUUAUAGCAACAGAGUCACGCAGAGAUAUCGUUGAGUUGUAUCACUGACUGCAUUCAUGGCCUUCAGGUGCAGGAACCUCCAUGUUCCUUUGGACUCCACUGCUGGUUACCGUACUUUUUGAUAGUACUCUGCAGAUUUCCUGUGUUUUAUUUUAAAGAUGUAUUUGUAGAUACAUUGUAUCGAUGGAGUUUCUGUCUGUGGGGUCAUAUGAAACAGAAAAUUACCUACGUUAGUCAUAUGAAAGAUCACAAAGUGUUUUUUUACUACUGAAAGUGCAACUCCUACCACUUCUUUUGAAAUACAUUCUUAGCCUACGUUGAAAAAGCGUUUAUUUUUGCCCUGUAAAGAAGCAGCCUUUUAGUUUAAACGUGAGUUAAAUCCAUGUGUGUGUCCUUGUUUAAGUUGUAGUGGCAUCAGUCUGGAGAUUUUCUCAUGUACUGUAAUGGUGAGUGGAUUUCAGCACCCGGCCGUUAAAUAGUCUCCAUGUGUGAAAGCUUAGAUAUGUUAGAUACCCUGAAAAUAUCUGUACCUGAAAACUUUGUGAUUGUCUCAUGUUUUUUUAAAUUCCAAACUUAAAUGCUUGAAAAUGACAGUUUGAAUCAUUCUUUGAGAUAUGGAAUAAACCCAACACAA